AUGCAAGAAAUAUAAUAAUUAAUUUACAUUAAUAUCAACUAAUAUAAACCAACACCUGGGUCGUAAGUCCCAGGCACUGUUGAAGCUCCUCUCCCUGCAACGCGAUGGCCGGCACCCGCACGGUGAAUCCAUGGAAUGCUAAGAAGUUUCGUCUCAUUAUAUGUAAUAGCCUAGUUUUACUAUAUUUUAAAAGUAAAUUCCAUUUUGACAUACUAACAUAAAUAAAAUUUAAAUUUAUGUCUUGUUAUGCAUGUAAAAAUGGUGUUAUUAAAACCUGAAAUGUUAGUGAUGGUUAUUUUAAUAAAUAAUUUCGGCGAAUUAUAGCGAAAGCCAAAUGAUUUUUAUACCUGUUAGGAACACAACUCAAGACGCAAGUGACAAUUCGAGAGGUGACAUUAGUAAAUAAUGUUCUUGUAUGAUUAGGUUAAUGUACCUACAUAUUGAAAUGUCACUGUGAGUUGUGACAUGAUUGAAGUGAAAAUUAGCUAUUAAUUCUUUAAGUAAGAUCAAAUUUCAUAACUAAAAUUAUUUUUUAAUUACAUCAAUAUGGAUGGCAUAUCGAGUUAUAACUUAUUCAUAGCAGCACAUAAGCCGCAACUCGUUCUGUCCGGAGUCCGAACAUUUUGGCCGGUUUUAUGUAAGAAACUUAAAGAUCAAAUAUUUGAUUCGGGCUUAUCCUUUCAGUUAGUUAAAAUAGAUUACGAGGACGAUGAAAAAGAAUCUUUUGACCCGUUAUGGAGUGUUAUGGCUAUCAGUGACUUAGAUCCUACAGAUUCCAGUAAUAUUUUCCUAGUAGAUCAUGCAUGGACUUUCAAGGCUAACACUAUUAAAAGUAGUCUCAGAAAUAUGCCGGCCUUAUUAGAAAGGAUGUGUAAUCUUAUGCAAAUUGUUAGAGAAACAACUGAGGAGCAAAUAGAGGAAGUGUAUCAAAAUGUAUGGAAAUAUGCAAAUACUUAUUCUGUUGGAGGAGACGAGCUAUCAGUUGAAGACAGAGUACCAGUGUGGUAUUUAAUGGAUGAGUUGGGUUCAGCUAUCAAUCAUUCUGAUCAGCCAAAUUUCAGAGCUGUACCAUUUAUAUAUAUACCCGAGCAAAUCACAUAUACUUCUUUUCCAAUAGAAAAUGUUGAAGAAGGUGAUUUGAUAACAAGAAACUUCAUAGAGGGCAAAUUUUCAGAUCCAAAACAAAGAGAAGCCAUGCUGAUUCCAUGGAAGUAUUAUGAACAUUUUGAUGAUGAUUUCAGUCAAACAGAACCUGAUAUUAACUAUUUUUUAGAGGGGCAUAUUGUUGAGUCACUACCUGAUUUAGAUAAUCUGCAAAGCAAAGUAAAUGUAUCAGGAAAGCUUAAAGUCUUUUCAGAUUAUGAAUAUAUAAAUCAGUAUCUGACAGCAGAUGAGUUUCAAAUAGUUGACAGUGAAAGUGAAGCAGAUAUAUUAUGGUAUAUAGAACACUAUAAAACUUUUAAGGAAUUAAGUGUUAACUCCCACAAGUUUGUCAACCAAUUCCCUUUGAAUAUGUUGUUACAUAAAGAUAUUUUGGCUAUCAUAGCAAGGAGAAACAAUAAAAUCUAUGGGAAUGCAGAACUUGACACAUUUCCCACUUGGUCAACAACUUUUAACAUGAAGACUGAGCUUUCGAAGUUAGUGGCUUAUUACAUGCAGAGAAAAAAACAAGGUCUGGAUAAUCACUGGAUUUGUAAACCUUACAAUCUGCGGGGUUUAGAUACAUAUAUUACUGAUAACUUAGAUUUUCUAUGCAGGCUUCCAUUGUCAGGCCAGAUUGCUCAAAAAUAUAUUGAAAAUCCUGUCCUAUUUGACAGAGCUGAUAUCGGGAAGGUUAAAUUUGAUAUUCGUUAUGUUGUUCUUCUCAAAUCUGUUAAUCCAACUGAAGUUUUUGUGUACAAUAAUUUCUUCUUACGGCUGUCUAAUAAAGAAUUUUCAAUGGACAACUUUGAUGAUUAUGAAAAACAUUUUACUGUAAUGAAUUACACUGAAGGAGCGCCGUUGUUUAAAUUAUUAUGUGAAGAUUUUAAAAAUGCCUGGUCUAACCAGUACCCAGAUUACGAAUGGGAUGAAGUAGAGCGGUCUAUAUUUAAUAUGCUGUCUGAAUUGUUUACAUGUGCUACUGCCAAAGAACCCCCUGGAAUAGCGAGAAGUCCCCAAUCAAGAGCUUUGUAUGCAGUCGAUGUGAUGUUGAGUUGGGAUAAAAAUGGUACUGUCAUACAUCCAAAGCUACUAGAAUUAAAUUGGAUGCCUGAUUGUCGAAGAGCUUGUGAAUAUUAUCCUGACUUUUACAAUGACAUAUCUCUGUGCUAUUUUUAGACAAAACUGUUGGGUCUUGUACCAAGAUCAUGUAAUUGUGUUACCUAAAAAAAUUACUUCAACAUCAUAGUAAAACAUUUAAUAGGUAUUUCGUUUUCAUAAGUGAAUGUACAUGAGAAUUUUAUCACUAUAGAUUGCUUGAUUUCAUAAAUACAUUACUAGUAAGGGAAUAAAUAUUAUUGUAAAGUUAGUUUUUCUGUAAAACUCUUCUAUCAUCAUCCUGGAUAGAGCCAAAGGGUUGUCGUUAUCAAUGUCUCUGCGGCUCAGCAGUAUUAAUAUUAAAACUACUGCUAUAAUACAAAGAGCAUAAUCCAAUAUCUCCGAUAAAUGCCUCCAGCUCUUCGGACACGAGAUGCUGGCAAUGUGUUCCUAAAACAGGAAGAUGAUUAUGAAAAAUGUCUCAAAGACUUAAUUGCAUAAUUUAGUUCCUAAUUUCUAGUAAGCACCUUUUUUGUAUACAUUUUUUUUUAUUAAAUUAAUGAAUAAUAUUGUUUUACUUACUUCCACCAUCUACUGAGCCAUGCAAAAGUAGACUUCUGUUUGUACUUGUUUUCAUCAUGAUCAAAAUUCAUCAAUUUGUUUGAUUGAUCCAAAGACUUGAAACCUUUUCUUGCGGUCUGAUUUCCU